ACAGGGCAGGCAAAAUGUUGAUGAACGUGCCCCGAGCCAAGCUGGCGUUGGCGUUGUGUCUGCUUGCGCUACUAAAGUGUUCGACCGCUGAGCCGCGUCCUGAUUUUGCUCUCGAUGCUAGCGUCACCGGUAAGGGUAAGGUGUCGAGCAGCUCGAGCGUGAUCGGAAGCAUCUCGACGGCCGUCAACAGUACCACGGGAAACAUCACGCUAAUCUCCGACAACCAGCUACUACGGGAUGUGCUCGGAAUCGUCGUGCAGGUGGCCGAUCGGUUCAACACGAUGGGAAGUGCGAUCUCCAGCACGAUCGUCAGCCUUGCGCAGGAUAACAGUGGCAACGUGACGGGUGCAUUCGGGCCGGCUCUCAGUGCGGUCGAAGCAGUCACCAACUACACGCAAAACACGCUACCGGGCAUCAUGGUCACUCUGCAGACAAUGAUUCAGAAGGGUCUGGGGGCGAAGUUUAUCGACAGCUUCCAGCACAUUGGCAAAGCGUUGGGACAGAUCAACGGAACGCUCACGACGCUCCUGGGUAAGGCACAGAACGCGAUCCUUCAGGCCGGUAGUGCCACCGUUCCGGCCGCCAUCGUCGCGAGCAAUCUCAAACCGACGCUAGUGCUGGCGCUGUACAAUCAGCUGAAGCAGCUGAAGGGUAGCAUCCCGGUGUUGCAGUAUACCGUCGAUAGCUCGAUCGAGAACGUGCUCGUAGCGGACAGCUUUUUGACGGUGUUGAAGAACGAUAUUGACCAGACGAUCGGCAGCUCGUCGGAGUUGCUUGACCCCCUGGAUGAACCGCUCGGUGCGAUCAAUCAGACGAUUAGUGGUAGCGUCAUCGGUAAGAUCGGUGCUGAUCUCACUAACCUGUCCGCCGAAGCACUGCUGCUGACUAACCUGACGACGGUCCCGAGCGGCGCUAACCUGACGAGUGCCGUCCAGCAGUACAACAGUAGCCUGAUCACGUUCAGCACUAAGAACCCAAGUGUUCCCGCUCUCCUGGAAGGAGUGCGCACCACGGUAACGGCCGCAUUCGGCAUUCUGGAUCCACUGGUCAACACCAACAAUGGUUCACUGGUGACCUUGCUCAUCAGCACGCUGGUGGCGAACGAUCGCUACUCGCGCUACUGUUUCCACAAGUACAAGGGUUACUUCUCCUGGAUGAUCGCCGAGUAUGCUUAUGAGGCAUCGUCGUGUAUCGUGGACGAGGUACCGCGCCUACAGAAGUACCAACGGACGCUCGAGCUCAUUCUCGAUACGCUGGUGUACGAUUACGAGGAUGUGCUCGGCGAGCUUGCCAUCUGCAAUGGUAUCGCAUCGACCACCAACCGGGGCGACUGUGUAGCGCUGCUCAACACCUUCUACCAACCGCUGGCCGAGGCGUUCGGUGGAAAGCUGGAUCUGUUGUACCGUUCGCUUGACCACGAGCUGCACGCCAGUGGCUACCGGAUGACGGUCUGCAUUCGGGUCAAACUGUUCGAGAUCGACUUCGCCCAAGAUUUGCUUGACUUUGAGGCCGCCCUCAACGUGUGUGCCGUCGAUGGUCCAACAGCCUCCCUCGACUACUACCUGACCGACAAUACAACCGAAUAAUGAUGAUGAUGAUAAUGAUAAUGAUGAUGGUGAUGAUUUGCAAAUAAAACUGCUCCUCUUCUCUCCCG